AUGGACGACAGAACCAUGGUGGAGUACCAGUACCAGCACAUCUACAGCACAAGAAACCUCACCACCUCCAAAGACAAAUACAGGAGAUCUCUGGCCGAGAAUGAGAACCUACGGCAGCGGAUGAAUAGACAGAUUGAAGAUGCAAAGUUAUUUGGGAUUCAGGGAUUCUGCAAGGACCUCCUUGAGGUUGCUGACAUUUUGAGCCGUGCAACAGAGAGUAUUCCCAUGACAGCAGUGACUGAUGAAAAUCCUCACCUUAAAGGCCUUUAUGAGGGGCUCAAGAUGACUGAAGCACAGCUUCAUAAGGUCUUUGCUAGGCAUGGUCUUCACAAGAUCAAUCCAGUAGAUGAGAAAUUCAAUCCAAAUGAACACGAGGCCCUCUUUGAGCAGGCAGUAGAUGGGAAGGAGCCAGGGACAGUGGCUUUGGUGACCAAGAUUGGAUAUAAGCUCCACUCACGAACCAUCAGACCUGCUCUCGUUGGAGUUGUCAAGGCAAAGUCUUGAUUGAGACUGGCAGUGCUUUUCACUGAACCAUUUGCUUAUUAACAGAAUGGUUCUCAAAUUGAAGGACCUGAGAAUCCACACAUCUAUAUGGUUCAGCUUUCCAUUCGGAUAAAGUCAUGAUUCUGCUGUGAUUUGUCUGUUGCAAAGCACCAGGGCUUGAAUAUAACUGGGAAAACGUACUCCUUUAUUUUCUUCACAUUAACCUUUGUAAGCAAUAUUAAUAUCAACUCCACAUAAUACUGAUGGAUGAGGUGAGAAGAGGAC